AUGGAAUCCUCUGCAACUCCCAAGCUUUAUCCGACCGUCGACACUUCAACCACCAAUCAUCCUCUCCCUAGCUCCUCCUCUUCCUCUUCUACUACUAACAAUCUCUAUCCUUCACUCGACGUGAAUGAUCUCGUCAGCAAUAUCAUCCCGGAGAAAUCAAACACCACAACAACCACCACCAUCUCAGACUCGGCUUCAGCUCCUCCGGUGGCGACGGAGGAAGUGAUCCUGAAAAUUCCCGGCGCGAUCCUCCACCUCAUCGACAAAUCCUACAGCGUCGAGCUCGCUGUCGGCGAUCUCGAGAUUCUCCGUCUUGCUCAGGGAGAGAUCACCGUCGCGGUCUUCGCUCGAGUCGCCGAUGAGAUCCAGUGGCCGUUGACCAAAGACGAACCCGCCGUGAAAAUCGACGAGUCGCAUUACUUCUUCUCGCUCCGACCCGUCAGAGAAUCCGGCUCGGAUCAUUCAACCGAGGAAGAGAGCAUCAGCGAUAUGUUGAAUUACGGAUUAACAAUCGCUUCCAAGGGACAAGAGACUCUGUUGGAGAAGCUAGACAAUAUCUUAACAGAUUACAGCAGUUUCACGGCGGAGAAACAGAAAGCGGAUGAUGUUAACAACGUGAUGGAUUUGACGGCCGCGAAGGAGACGUCGCCGGAGGAGCUGAAGGGAGAGAGGAAGAAGAUGGUGGAGAAGCAAUGUACGGCGUAUUGGACGACUCUGGCUCCGAAUGUAGAGGAUUACAGUGGCGUUGCAGCGAAACUGAUAGCUGCUGGUUCUGGUCAGCUGAUCAAAGGGAUCUUAUGGUGUGGAGAUAUCACAAUGGACCGUCUCAUGUGGGGAAAUGAUUUCAUGAAACGGAAGCUGUCGAAAGCAGAGAAGGAGAGAGAAGUUAGCCCUAAAACUCUGAAACGUCUCAAGAGAGUGAAGAAGAUGACGAAGAGGACAGAGAAAGUGGCGAAUGGAGUGCUCUCAGGUGUUAUAAAAGUGUCUGGGUUCUUCUCGAGCUCGGUGGUGAAUAGCGCAGCUGGGAAGAAGCUCUUUGGUCUUCUUCCUGGAGAAAUGGUUCUUGCCACACUUGAUGGUUUCAACAAGGUUUGUGAUGCUGUUGAAGUAGCUGGGAGGAACGUUAUGAAGACAUCUUCCACUGUCACAACUGAAAUCGUGGAUCACAAAUAUGGAGCAAAGACAGCAGAAGCGACAAACGAAGGGCUUGGAGCAGCAGGGCAUGCGAUUGGAACGGCCUGGACUGUUUUCAAGAUCAGACAAGCUCUUAACCCUAAAAGUGCAGUAAAACCAUCAUCACUUGCUAAAAACGCUAUUAAAGCGGCAGUUAAAGAGAAGAUGAAGAAGGGGAAAAAGAGUUCUGAGUAG